GUGUGUGUGUGUGCGCGCGCGCGAGUAGCAGCCGUACGUCGUGGUUUCGGUUGGCUGGGAGGAAGAGGAAUAACCAAUGUGGGAGCCAAGAAGAAUUCCUCGUUGGUGAACGCCGCUCGGGCGAGAAGCGACCAAAUAUCCACAGUAUUUUGGAAACCUAUUUACGGACUACACAUGUCUCCUAAGGGAAUUUAAGUUUUCCCCUCACGCGUUCCCUGACGGGAUAAGAUCUGUCAUUCAAGUGGCCUUUUAGCUUUACUUUGUGAUUGGCCCAGAGGAUUAGGGAGGGUGUGUCUUUUCCUACCAAAGAAAUGAGUGUGGGAGAAAGAGGACGCAACAGCAGUCUGGAGCUUUUCCAUCCUUCUUCCCUUUCACUAAACACCAUCAGUCUCGGUCCAGGAUGCUCUCUCGCACACGACCCCUGCCUUACUUUUUGGCCCUGAGACUACACUGGGCUCCAUGAACAUCUAUAAAGACACAGGGGUGUGUACCACCUCUCUCUCCCAACCUCUUCCCCCUCCCCACCUUCGUCUUCCCCUCCAUAAUGGCCAGUCUUCCCUGGGCGAUCCAGCCCCGCCCCGUGUCUCCGUGCCCAAAAUGGGGGUGCGAGCUCGGAUUGCUGAGUGGCCCCCUCGUAGGGCACUUUCACGGGAGUCAUUGCUUGAGAAUGGCCAGGGCAGUCAACAAAAUGACCUCAGCAGUGAGGAUGGGCUUGCACGUGGGGAUGUGACCAGGUUUCCACAGCAAAGUGCCAGAGACGAUGACUUCCUUGAAUCAGGAGGUCUGAUAGGGGCUCCAGGAACACCCCCACGGUUUCUGACACUGGGUAUCGCUCCAUUACGACAGCGCUCCAACAGCGAGAUUACAUUAAGUGAGCAAGAUGAAACAGAGGUUGAAGGUCGGUUAUUCCGGGAAUAUGGCAGUACCUCUUCCAUCAAUGUACAGGCUGUGUCUGAGCAAAGCUUCUUUGACAUGCUCAGUCAGUUUCAACAGGAGAGACCAGACCAGCGCAGUACAGCCCCUGCCAAGCUUGUAGAGCUUCUCGGUGCUCCGGCUUCUUUAGAUGGACCAGCUUCACACGCCUCCACAUCAACUCCCUGCCCCGAAGAUCACCCUGAGAACCGUGUACGCAAAAAGAGCGGUGGCACUGAGUCUUCUCUUGGUAGCACCUCCUUAUUCCGCAAACUCCGCAGCUCCAGCCGAGGUGAAACGGAGACUCCACGAGGUGACACAGAUGACAUACGACUCCCCGAGACAUUGUCUUUCAAACAUUGGCUUUGUGUGCGUAGUUUUGCCCACUUUGAUGCUCAAAGUGUUCUUUUUGACUUGCACGAGGCAGCAGCUCGCCGUAGCUACGCUGCCCAGCGGCGAAACACAGCCACCGGAGCCUCAGCUGCAUCUUCAACUGCUGUUUCUUUGGCAGUUUCCAGAGCUAUUGCUCUGGGGGGAGUAGAGCCCACUUUUUCCAGCACUGAUGACCUCAGUGUCAGGGACUUAUCGGAAGGAUCAACCCCAAGCCUGGAACACUCAGAGCAGGGCACUUCAGCCAACGGUAAACCCAGUUCUCAGCACCAGCUGUUGCUGAGCUGCCCGCACUUCCUCAAUGAGACUGGAAGUUAUGGGGAGCGUAAUGUCAGUUUCCUGAGCUCGUGGGCAGAGCGGGGAGAAACUGCAGUUGUGGAGGCCCGGUUGCAUCCAUGCUGCAGUAAUGCUAGUGUCUCCAAACUGGAGGCCCCACCAGAAGUUCAGGCCACCAGGUUAGAGAGACUGCAACAGCACUGCAUCGAGCAUGUUGACCUGGGUGCUAGAUACUACCACGAGCACUUCUUUGGGAAAGAACACUGGAACUACUUUGGUACAGAUGAGAAACUGGGGCCCGUGGCUCUGAGCAUUCGCAGAGAGAAACUGGAUGAUACCAAAGAUUUAAAGGACCAGUACCAGUACCGGAUCAUCUUUCGCACCAGUGAGCUGGUCACGUUGCGGGGAUCGAUCCUGGAGGAUGCGGUUCUGUCUACAGCAAAGCAUGGAACGGUUCGUGGCCUGCCUCUCAAGGAAGUUCUGGAGUAUGUGCUGCCAGAGCUCAGCGUGUCCUGCUUGCGGCUGGCUCUCAGCACGCCAAAAGUCACAGAGCAGCUUCUCAAACUGGACGAGCAGGGGCUCAGUCAUAAACACAAAGUGGGCAUCCUACUGUGUCGGGAGGGACAGAGCACAGAGGAGGAGAUGUACAACAACGAAGAGGCUACGCCAGCUUUCACUGCCUUCCUGGAGCUGCUGGGAGAAACUGUGUGUCUGAGGGGUUUCGACAAAUAUGCUGCCCAGCUAGAUACCAAAACGGACUCAACUGGAACACACUCCCUGUAUACCACCUACCAGGACUACGAGAUCAUGUUUCAUGUGUCCACCAUGCUUCCAUACAUGCCCAAUAAUCCUCAACAGCUCCUGAGGAAGAGGCAUAUAGGAAAUGAUAUAGUCACUAUUAUAUUCCAGGAGCCAGGAGCUCAUCCAUUCACUCCACAGAAUAUUCGCUCUCACUUCCAGCACGUGUUUGUCAUUGUCCGUGUGCACAACCCUUGCUCUGACAACACAUGCUACAGUGUGGCAGUGACGCGCAUGAAGGACGUCCCCCCAUUUGGCCCACCUCUCCCUUCAAAUGACAUGUUCUGUGACACCACUGCCUUCCGCACCUUCCUGCUAGCCAAGGUCAUCAACGCUGAGAAUGCUGCACACAAAUCUGAGAAGUUUCAUGCCAUGGCAACCCGCACACGCCAAGGAUACUUGCGCGACCUGGCAGAGAACUGUGUUUCUACUACACCACUGGACACCUCAGGCAAGCUGAACAAUCUCAUCUCCUUGGCCUCCAAACGCAAGGAACGCGUACGAGCACGGGAGGGGUCUGAGAUAGGUGCUGCAGGGGCACUUGUUUGGCGCGUACUUGCUCAGGACUUCAGUGGCGGAGGUGCCGAGCUGCCUUGUGCACUGGCCAUCUCAAAUGAGUAUGUAGUACUGGCAGACUGCUCCACCAAAGAGGUGGUUUUUAACUGUUUCUGUGCCGAUGUGAUUGGCUGGACGGCAGAGAGGCUUGUGUUGAAGAUUUUCUAUGGCAGAGGAGACCACGUGGCCUUGCGGGUGCCUGAGUGCAGUGCCCAAGAUAUCAGAGAGGUGGUGCAAAGACUUAAGUUAUUGACAAUAGGUUGUGAAACGGUUGAUAUGACGUUGCGACGUAAUGGGUUAGGCCAGCUUGGUUUCCAUGUGCGUCUGGAUGGAACGGUGUCUGAGGUGGAGGAAUACGGUUUCGCCUGGCAGGCGGGACUCCGGCAGGGCAGCCGAUUGGUAGAGAUCUGCAAGGUUGCUGCGGUCACACUCUCCCAUGAGCAGAUGAUUGACCUUCUGCGGACGUCCGUCACCGUAAAAGUGGUCAUCAUUCCACCUUACGAAAAGGGAGGGGCACGCAGGGGCUGCACGGAGGAGUACAGGAUGAAAAUGAUGGAGCAGAAGGGAGAAGCAGAGCCAGUGGUUGCAGGGUAUUGCAGUGGACAGCGAACCCCAGUAUGGCGCUGGGACAGCCCCCCUGGUACACACAGCUCCGCCCAGCGUUGGACCCCCAGCGGACCCCCACCGGCAGUCCCCAGCCGCACACAAAAAGCUCUGGUCCCCAUCCCUUACAGAGAGCCUCAACACAUCUCUGCUAAAAGACCUGUCAGUUACCCAGAGAACCAUUACAGUGCGUCGCCAGUUGGCGGGGACAGAGUGUUGGCGUACAGAAACCCUUCGGCUAGUUUCUCCAGUCCAAGCUCUGGGUUCAGCUCCACUGCACUGGGGGUGCCGGGACUCAGCGGACAAUUUGUACGCUAUAAACCCUCUCCAGAAAGGUUUGGAUCAGUCCAGCGUUCUCUUCAGCCUUUUGACCCUCAUGUUACUGUUGAUGUUUCAAGUGGAGAAUCAUCAUCUGGCUUCACUAGCCAAGAGAGCACAAUGGAGCGCAACAAGUCGGAGCCCAUGUGGCAUGUGCCUGCCUCAUCGCGAGGUGUGUCAGUGGGCUCCGCUCAGAGAAGACAGGCCCGGCAGGACGUACCAGGAAAGGACUCUCCAAACCGCCACUCAAAGGGUGAGGCACACUACUCCAGUCACUCUAGCAGUAACACGCUCUCCAGCAAUGCUUCCAGCAAUCACAGUGAUGAGCGCUGGUUUGACGGGGUGGGAGGUGGGGUUUCCGGUGCCCUGAAUGACCCCUCAGAUCCUGACCCUGACCCCAUGGGUAAAGGAGGGUCUAGUGACAGUGGCAUUGAUGCGUCUCUCUACAUGCCCAGCCCCAACACUAAAGGACCCAAGCCCAGCCAUAGUCAUGCAGGAACUCCCCAUAAACCCCUACACAACUCUGCUACAUACAGUGGCCUGCAGGAGCUGUCAGGUACAGGAGGGAGGGCCACAGUGGAGGGUCUUCGCAGAGAGUCGUCACCCGUCAUUCCUGUCUCAGCCAGUCAGAACAAGAACUAUCGCACACGCACGUUCCCCCCUCCGGGAUCGGCCAAUGCAGACAACUUCAAACCAAGGGCCUGCUAUACCCCUCAAGGGUAUAAGACCCCUGCUGUGGCUGAUAAACCCCGGCCUUUCAGAACUUCAACAGUCACACCCACAUCAGGCUCCACCCAGCUGUCAAGCUCUGCCCCCAAGUCAUUUAGUAAAAGCAAGCAUAGUGCAUGGCAACUGGAGGAAAGCAGCAAUGCAUCAAGCAACACCACCAACACUGAAAGCAUCAGCAGCAAGCAGGUGGAUAUGAACAGUAAGAACGUGUUUGGACAGCCCCGAUUACGAGCCUCUCUGAGGGACUUGCGCUCUCCACGCAAAUCUCACAAGAGCACCAUUGAGGACGACUUAAAAAAGCUCAUCAUCAUGGACAACCCUGUAGAGACAUCAUCACGGGAAGCGUCUCCUCAUCGGACCCUGCAACGCACUUUCUCAGAUGAGAGUCUGUGUAGUGGACGGAGAGAUGCUAGUUAUGCAAGCACGCCUCACUUUGAAGGACAGGUCCCGCCAAGUGAUCUUCUCUUCACCUGCACGCUGCCUACACGUCGCCAUGGCCAAAACAACAACCACGGAGCCCUCAUGCCCAGUAAAAAAGUACCGUUAUCUGCAUCAGAGUUGUCUCUAACUGAGGUGAGGGAUAAGGUGCCUCCUCUCAGAAGACUGGACCCUGGACUCAUGCCCCUCCCUGACACUGCUUGUGGCCUGGAGUGGUCCAGCCUUGUCAAUGCAGCCAAAGCUUAUGAAGUUCAAAGAGCUGUUUCUUUAUUCUCAUUGUCUGAGUCUCAUGCGGUUGGCAAUGAGUUGAGGCCCGUCAUCAGCCCGGUGCAUUUCCACACGCCACAGACUCCCCGGACCACCCCUACUUUCAGCAGUGAAGAGCCUCCUAAUGACCUGUCAGGGCGUCUGUAUCAUCUGGAAGUUAUGCUGAAACAGCUAAACAAUGAUCUGGAAAAAGAGAAACAGGACAAGGCAGCACUAUUAGCAGAGAUGGCUAAUCUGAGGCACAAUAACCAACGUCUGCAAGAGGAAUCUCACUCAGCUAGUCAACAGCUCCGCAAAUUUAGCAAACUCUUAUCCUCUGCCAUUCCCGAAAGGAAAUAAAUGUCUCUCCCUCUCUUUGUGUACGUAGUGCAUCUUAAACGAGAAGAUGAGAAGAGAAAUUCCCAGACCUGUACUUUGCCAUUUGGUGCGUUUUGUGCCAACCGCUAAUCAAAUUCACAGUUUCUUAUUGUCCAGUACAUCCCUGUUUACCUUCAUCCGAAGCAGACAUCCAGUGGUUAGCGUCUGCCAGCUCAAUCUCUCUUACAUCUGACACAAAACUGUGAGCUUUAUCAAAGUGUGAAGAAGAGAGACAGAGAAUUAUGCAGGUCUGCCUGUUGACUUGAGACUUCAAAGCUUUAACUGAAAGCCGGUACAGAAGUACAAAUUAUAUUUUUUAAAAACAAACACAAAAUGAGUCCUAGCUUGAAAAAAGCUCCACAUCAAAAA